AUGGGCAAGUUCAAGUUCAAGUUCAAGUUCAAACCAGUCUACCAUUCUCUGUUAUAUGGCCGCACAGGAUUGGAGCCGAUUGCUACUGCGUCCGCUGUCACCCAACCAACCAUCAGUGACGAUCUCUAUCAAAUACAGCGAUUCUGGCAAAGAGCUCACCUUGUUCAGAACUCUAUACGAUUUCUGAAGCGCAAUGUUUUGUGCGCAGACCGUUCUGUCAGCGUCCUUGGUACCAUUAUCAGCGGUGAAUAUCAGAACACGCUAGAGUACUUUACCAAACAGAAGGCGUCUCUGUCACAGCUGCAGAAGAUUUGGAAUGCUGUAUUUUCAUUCUUCCAACCCGAGGCAGACAGCUUCAUCCAGAUACUCAGUAUCUUAGAGAUCGAGUCUUGUCAAGCUCUUGCGGUGUACGAAGAACUAAAGGUGAAGAUGUCACACUGCAACCGUGCCAUUGAGCAGGCUGCCCAGCGGUUCAUAGAAAACAAGCUGUUCCUAGAAGGCUUGCCCGCGCCGGAGGACAUGAUUCCACCCGACCUCUCGGAAUACGUGGCCAUCAUGGAGAAGAGCGAUGCCGAGAUGUCUGUAAUGCUAGACACAUUGGAGACGCUUGCAAGGCGAUUCGCUACUGAGAAGAGAGCACAGAGUAAGUUGUGAGUGAGGUGUUGUGCAUACA